CAUCGCGCUCAGCAGAGCCAGCGCUGAGGCACAGCCUCCAGCGGGAGCCUGGACAGAGGCCGCUUGCACGCUCACCCCGGGAGGCAUCCGGGCAGCCUAGAUUGCUAAGCCCCACCCCCGUGCUCUCUGCCAUUGGACGGCGGCGGAAGCGAGGUGACCGCAAUUGGCCGCGAGAGGUGUCGCUCCGAGCAGGGAGGGAGCGAGGGAGAGAAGAACCCAGGACGCUCUUGGACUGGUGGUACAGUUUUUCGCUCUCUCCUUCUUCGCGGGUGGUGUUGUAUAGCCAACGCGUUUCCCACCCCCGCACCGUCGUUCUAGGCUAGUAGCUGCAGCGGGAGGCGGCGGCGGAAGUGAAGGUGUGGCGGCCGUAGCCGCAGCGGCCCAGGUCUGGGCACCCGAGAAAGCGGGUGGGAGGAAAGGGAGAAGCGACCGGGGGCCGCGAGAACUUUGUUUCUAAGCAGCCGCUUGGUGGGGUAAGGCUACAGGCUUCCCGAGCAGCCGCUUGGGCGGCUAGAGAUUGGGGUUAGGCGGCGCCUCGCCUGGGUCUCUUGGGAGUCGCCUGCUUAACUCGCACCCCGUCAGGAGGCGAUGGCAAACGCCACGGUGUUCGAGUGCCAUUAAAGACCUGCUGGAACCCGCGCUGGUUUUCGCCGAGGCUCGGUCCUUCUCCACAGCGUGAGGUGGGCGACGCAGGCAAUGCUGCGGACGACCGUUCAGGCUUUUGCACGGAGCUAAGCAAGGAGCCCCCGGCUUUCAGCAGCAGCAGUAGGAGGAGGAGUGAAGAGGACUCGCCAGGUGGUGAGGGGAAGGGGUUAGCUCCGGCCGUUUGCUCUUUUCAAGCCUUUGGUUGCUGCUGUUGCUGCUGCGCCCAGAGAUGGUGCCAGCCCCGGGAUUAGCUUAAAGUCUUCUCUUCAGCGCUUCCCCUCCCCCCCGGUCCCACCUUUCCACGACGAUCGCUGGCAGAUCUAGGUUGGGACACGCAUCAAAGUGUCUCGUUUGUUUCUCCCGCCCCUUCUCCUCCUGCUCCUCAAGAAAGCUCUGUGCUGGACGAUAAUAUUGUAAUAAAAAACUCCGAAGUCUUUCCUCUCGCGCUUAAAGAAGAACCGGGCGGAUAAUGUCAACCCCAAGCAGAUUCAAAAAGGACAAAGAAAUCGUGGCCGAAUAUGAAAGUCAAGUUAAAGGCAGGGGUCCAGAGACGGUGAAGGAAGAGCAGAGGAGAGUCAGACCCCUGGGUUCUGGCUGGCUAAAUGAUUCAGCAGGCAAUUUCAGAGAUUCGAGCUCAGCUAAUAGAGCAACAGAAAUGUCUGGAGCAGCAGACUGAGAUGAGGUUGCAACUUCUUCAAGAUCUGCAAGAUUUCUUCCGCAAAAAAGCGGAAAUAGAGACUGAAUAUUCUCGCAGUCUAGAAAAGUUAGCAGAAAGGUUCAUGGCAAAAACAAGAAGCACUAAGGACCAUCAGCAAUACAAGAAAGACCAGAAUCUGCUAUCUCCAGUAAAUUGCUGGUAUUUACUCCUCAACCAAGUGAGGCGGGAAAGCAAAGAUCAUGCAACUUUGAGUGAUAUCUACCUGAACAAUGUCAUCAUGCGCUUUAUGCAGAUAAGUGAAGAUUCCACCAGGAUGUUCAAGAAGAGCAAAGAGAUUGCAUUCCAGCUUCAUGAGGAUUUAAUGAGGGUUCUUAAUGAGCUUUAUACGGUCAUGAAAACAUACCAUAUGUAUCAUACAGAAAGCAUCAGUGCAGAAAGUAAACUGAAGGAAGCUGAAAAACAAGAAGAAAAGCAAAUUGGCAGAUCAGGAGAUCCAGUUUUUCACAUUCGUCUAGAGGAAAAACACCAGAGACGUAGCUCUGUGAAGAAAAUUGAAAAAAUGAAGGAAAAACGUCAAGCAAAAUAUUCUGAAAACAAGCUGAAAUCCAUUAAAGCCAGAAAUGAAUAUCUGCUAACCCUUGAAGCAACAAACGGUUCUGUUUUCAAGUAUUACAUUCAUGACCUUUCAGAUCUGAUUGAUUGUUGCGAUCUUGGAUAUCAUGCAAGCCUGAACAGAGCCUUAAGAACAUAUCUCUCUGCAGAAUAUAACCUUGAAACCUCUCGACAUGAGGGUCUGGACAUCAUUGAGAAUGCUGUUGACAAUUUGGAGCCACGAAGUGACAAGCAGAGAUUCAUGGAGAUGUACCCUGCAGCAUUUUGUCCUCCAAUGAGAUUUGAGUUUCAGCCCCAUAUGGGUGAUGAGGUUUCUCAUGUCAGUGCCCAGCAGCCAAUCCAAGGGGAACUUAUGCUUAGGUAUCAGCAACUGCAGUCACGACUGGCUACACUGAAAAUUGAAAAUGAGGAGGUUAAGAAGACAACGGAAGCUACUUUACAGACCAUACAAGAUAUGGUCACUAUUGAGGACUAUGAUGUUUCUGAAUGUUUCCAGCACAGCCGUUCAACUGAAUCUGUAAAGUCAACGGUUUCUGAGACCUACUUGAGCAAACCUAGCAUUGCUAAGAGAAGAGCUAACCAGCAGGAGACUGAACAGUUCUAUUUCAUGAAAUUCAGAGAGUAUCUAGAGGGAAGUAAUCUCAUCACAAAGCUUCAAGCAAAACAUGAUUUACUGCAACGGACACUUGGAGAAGGUCACAGAGCAGAAUAUAUGACUACAAGCCGAGGACGAAGGAACUCCCACACCAGACAUCAGGACUCAGGGCAAAUAAUCCCCCUCAUAGUAGAAAGCUGCAUCCGAUUUAUCAACUUGUAUGGUCUUCAGCACCAGGGCAUUUUCAGAAUAUCUGGCUCCCAGGUGGAAGUCAAUGAUAUUAAAAAUUCAUUUGAGAGAGGUGAAAACCCUUUGGCAGAUGAUCAAAGUAACCAUGACAUUAACUCAGUUGCUGGAGUAUUGAAGCUCUAUUUCCGAGGGCUGGAAAACCCUGUCUUUCCCAAGGAAAGAUUUAAUGAUCUUAUUUCUUGUGUCAGAUUAGAAAAUCUCUAUGAGAGAGCUCUUCACAUACGAAAACUCCUCCUGACUUUGCCCAGAUCAGUCCUUAUAGUGCUGAGAUACCUUUUUGCUUUCCUCAAUCACCUUUCACAGUACAGUGAUGAAAAUAUGAUGGAUCCUUAUAACCUGGCCAUUUGUUUUGGCCCAACAUUGAUGCCUGUUCCAGACAUACAAGAACAAGUGUCAUGCCAGGCUCAUGUGAAUGAAAUAAUCAAAACAAUCAUCAUUCACCACGAAAACAUUUUCCCAGAUGCAAAGGAACUAGAUGGCCCCAUUUAUGAAAAAUGUAUGGCUGGUGAUGAGUACUGCGAUAGUCCUUACAGUGAGCAUGGUACCUUAGAAGAAGUAGAUCUGGAUGCUGGUACAGGACCCCACACCAGUGAGGAUGAAUGUGAACCAAUAGAAGCUAUUGCUAAGUUUGACUAUGUUGGAAGAUCUGCACGAGAGCUGUCUUUUAAAAAAGGAGCCUCCCUGCUUUUAUAUCAUCGAGCUUCCGAUGACUGGUGGGAAGGAAGACAUAAUGGAAUUGAUGGCCUUGUACCUCACCAAUACAUAGUGGUUCAAGAUAUGGAUGAUACUUUCUCAGAUACACUGAGCCAAAAAGUAGACAGUGAAGUCAGCAGUGGGCCAGUAAUGGAGGACAAGUCUUCAUCUAAGGAUAUGAAUUCACCCACAGAUCGUAAUCCUGAAAUGUAUUUAGGAAGGCAGCGCAAGAGAUCUGAACUCCCGCUUCCUGGGAGACGUCCUGGCAGGACCAGCGACGGACACUGUCCAAUUCAUCAACCACAAGGCCUUGCCAAUUCAGCGCUGGAGUUGGGUUCCCCCAGUUUGGCAAGCCACAGCACUUCUCGAGCUGUGCUUCAAAACCGCAGCCUCAAUACAGACAGCCCAGAAAGGAGACGAAGGCCUGGUCAUGGCAGCCUCACCAAUAUUAGUAGGCAUGAGUCACUGAAGAAACUUGACAGUCCUCCAAUUAGAAGAUCAACAUCUUCUGGCCAAUACCCAGUUUUCAAUGAUCACAAACCACUUGACCCAGAGGCAAUUGCUCAGGAUAUUGAAGAAACAAUGAAUACAGCUCUGAAUGAACUCCGGGAACUGGAACGUCAAAGCUCUGCAAAACAUGCUCCAGAUGUAGUGUUGGAUACCUUAGAACAAAUGAAAAAUUCUCCCUCCAGCACCACCUCAACAGAAUCACUGAGCCCUCUACACAAUGUCCUGUUAAGAAGCACUGAGCCUCAGAUUCGGCGUAGCACUAGCUCUUCCAGUGAUACCAUGAGUACCUUCAAGCCCAUGGUGGCACCCAGAAUGGGUGUGCAGCUGAAACCACCUGCACUUAGGCCAAAACCCAUAGUUCUUCCAAAAACAAACCCAACCAUAGGCCCUUCAUCUCCUUCCCAAGGUCCAGCAGACAAAUCUUGCACAAUGUAAAAACCAAGCAGUUCAUGUGACAAGCAUGGAGUGAACUACCAAAAGAAUGGAUCAGUGAUAGAUAUCUGGGUUCCAUUGCACCAUUAGUUUGUAUUUAUAACAAGGUUUUGUUUUUUAAAUGUUUUUAAUGUAAUGUCUCAAAGCUACCUACAUUAACAUGGAUUCAAUUUUUAAACUGGACCAUACAGUGCAUCAUUUUAAAACAACAGAAACACAUACCUUUACUUGAAACUUCCACACUGCACCUUUUCUAAUUAAAGCAUCACAGGUCACAGCCAGCAUCCCAUGUAGUUCAAUAAUUUACAUUUAUUGUAGUUUUUAGACUUCAUAAGAAAUUCUUAUGAAUGGUUAUUUGAAAAGGAUUCAUUAAUGGAUUUGUUUACUUCUAUAUUACUGGGUCUAAUAUAGAACAGAUUUUUAUAUGGGCUGAAAGUUGUAUCUUGAGAAUUACUAAGUAGUGAAUAAGGAAAGAAGAGUCACUCUGACAUUUCCUUCAAAAUACUUGGUAUGUGUGUUGGUAGUAUUAGUACAGCUCACUGGCUGAAUAUGGGGAAUGAAUUUUCAUCUCCCGCUGAUGUAGAUGACAGCUCUCUAAAUCAAAGUUAAAGCCUGUUGUCAGAAGUACUGUAUAGAAUAGUUUCUAAUGGUUGCAUUCAGGCUUACUGCACUGCAAUAAAGCUAGGUUUUACUCACCAGUUAUUUCAGAUAACUAUUUACAUAAACAAUUCACACACAAAAGAUUGUUUACAUUCCUAUGAGCCAAUUGUUUAGAUGUCUCUGCAGAUAAAGUAUUUGCUACCUAAUGAUUUGUAACAAAACAUUCCUAGAAAAUGAGGAAGUUGUGGAACCUACACCUUGAAGCUGCUGUAUCCUCAUAAUUAUGAAACACAUUAGCCUGCAAGUCACCCUAAGCCAUGGUUAAUGGCUUACUGUGAACAAGCAGUAUGAUAGAUCCUGGAGAUGGAAGAAACAAACCACAAAGUUUGGAUUUGUUGCAAGUGUUUGGGAGAAACAAACCAUGAGCAGUAAGCCAAGAACAAGCCUGCUUCUGCUUAUGGUUUGUUUCUCUCCAAACAAAUCACAAACAGAAACCAAGGUUUCUUGUCUUGCUACUCUUGGCUUGGGAGAAACAAAUCAUGAGUGCUAAAUAACUCUAAGCCAAGCAUUGUGGUUUGUUGCUCCUGCAUCCAGGCAGAGUGGAGCAAGGUGGGACCUAUAGAGCAGUGUGCACUAGUACGCUGUUUGUUCCUAGUAAACCAUGGUUUAUUGCUUCCUGUGACAUGUGAGCUGGGCUACUGUAUACAAAAGAAAGUGUGCUGUUUCUUGAGUCUUUAUUAAAGUGACUUAUUAGUUUCUAAACUGGAAUCACCACUACUGAGGCAAGAAGUUGUUCACAGGGCAAUAUUAUUUUCUCUAGAAUCUGAAUAAAAUUUGUCAGUACCACUUUUUUUUCAAAUUAUGUCAGUACCUUUUUUCAUGUGUGUGUGUGUAUGUAAGCUAUCAACCUGCAUAGUGCUUUAUCUUUGUUUUUAUUGUUACAUAUGAAGUAACUGCACAGGUGUUUUGCUCAAACUUAACACUAAGCCAUAUCAUUUCUGUGAAUGUUUUUACAAGGUCACCACCUCACUCCACAGGAGAAUUUACUGUAUUCUAUUAAUCAAGCAACCACUUAACUAAAAUCUUACAAGUACUGGUUUUGGAGUGCAAAUACUUUGAGAAGGGCUGUGGGCUGGAAUUGAUUCAGCUGAUACCUACAUAUGCAAAAUUGGGUCAAAAUAAGGGGUUUCUUUUCUUGCAUAACUUGUCACAUUAGGAACUUGCUGUUCUUUAAAUUGAAGAUUUUCAUUUGGAUCCUUUUCAUUUGAUCCUUCGUGCUAUGUGGAAUCAAAUGGGAGAAGACUAAUUGUCAUGCGACAAGAAUUGUUAGUGUAUUAACAGUCUGAGGACAUUGUAGCCUGUUACUAUGAUUUGGGACUGAUUUCUUCCCACUGCAGUUUAUUUGCUAAUUAUAUUUAGAUGAAUGGGAUUGCUAAAUCCCACAUAACACAGGCAUGGCAAAGACAUGGCAAAGUAACCUUGCAAAGAAGUUCACAAAAGUUCCCCAUAUACAUGUAUAUAAGCCAGCCUGUCACACAUCUUUGGGGGGGGGGGUGGAGAGGGAGAAAGAGAACAAACUUUUGUAGAGCUUCCCGGCAUAGUGUUCUGGAGGCAAUUCUUUUUUCCCCCUCAGAUAAUAAGGCUAGUCACUAUUUACAAACCUAAAUUAGAAACCAGAUCUGCUGGGUGGGAUGCAUUAAUCUGAGUAAGAUAAAGAAAUUCACUAAGGGACUUUCCAAUACAGCAUGCAGAAUUUUGUUUGCCACAGAAGACUGAGACAACAGGACAUUUUACAUCCACCAAAGCUGCCACUAUUUAAGGAGGAACUUGGUCACAUAUCCCGUGACUGCAUGCUGGAAGCUUAGCUAAGAUCCUGGACUCUGCAGUUAACUUUCAACUAAUGCUAAUCAUCACGAAAUGUUGCAGUGACACAUGCAAGGCUAGGAAUUUUCAUAAGUAGCCAAAAUGUAGGACCUAUGGAACAAACUGAAGAGUUGGCUUUCCCGUAAGAGCAUUCUAGCCUAGUCACUUUUUAAAUAGAUAAUGUGGCAUAAUUAAGGUGGGUGCCUGUAUCUUGAAACUGCAUAGGGAAAUUCUGUAUGUCUGAAUAACUGUACUGGCCUUCAUACUGCUUAUAUUAGAAAUUGUUUAGUGAAGAAAAAAUAUUAGAAACAGUGCGUUUAGUGAAUGCUUCAGCUUAGAACAUUCACAUGAGUUAAAUGUGUGUAGUUUGAUGGUUUGUUAUAGCUACUUGAAGUAUAGUGAAUGGAUAUAUAACAGGAAAGACUGAUACAACUACAGGCAUCGUAAAGGGUCAACACCUGUGUACCUAAUCGAAUCAGUAUUGUCCUUGACUGUCAGUUUGAUAGAUUGCAGUGCUGGUAGCUUUCCUGCUUGUUGACUGUUACCUAAUUGUGUCUAUGUACAUCUGUAGUAUGUACAUGUGAAAGUGCCUUUACAUUUUUAGAGGAACCUUGCUCUUGUAGUGUUGCAUUUCCAUUUCACUUUCUGCUGCUGUUGUACUGCUGCAUUCCAUUGCAUUCCUUCCAUACUCAAACAGGAGAGUUACAAUUGCACAGUUCUAAAAGAAGAAAAUGUACUGUUAAGCUGUUGUGACAAUGCACUUUUAUGUAUAGUACUGUACAUUUUGGCAUGCACCAUUACAGGCUUCAAUAUGCAUUCAGAUUUGUUUCUCAUAGUGUAACUUUAUAAUAAAUAAGGAUAGUUCUGUC